AUGUCUAGUAAACGUCGUUGUGUUCCUGAGUGUGUGGAAAUCGAAGUCACUGUUCAACUAGAUGCAACUGUUGAGAAUCUUGGAAUACAAGAAUGCACACUACAGGAUAAAUAUGAUAAGGGAAACCUCCCAGCGGAAUGCAAGAAGACUGCAGGUGUUCUGAUUUUCAUUGACAAUCUGUUUGAUUCUAUCAAUGGCAGCUUCACAAAAAAAAAGGUUUUUAAAACGUCUCCUGGGACCCAUAAGGGAAACCUACCAGCGGAAUGCAAGAAGACUGCAGGUGUUCUGGUUUUCAUUGACAAUCUGAUUCUAUCAAUGGCAGCUUCACAAAAAAAAGGUUUUUAA